GUGAGUUUACCAAUUUAUGGGUAAAUUAAUUUACUCAUAUUUGGUUGAAAAAUAGGACUUUGUUGUUCUUAUUUCAAGCUCUGAAUAUAAAUCAUUAAACCGGUCCUGCAGUUCAUGAAGCGAGAAGCGAGCGAUAUCGGAUUUGCUAUACGCAACGGACGAACCCCAAGCCAGCAGCUGCCAGCAGUUCUUUCGAGCCUCUAACGAUCCUUGUGGAGCCCUCGGAUCCGUGACCCAAUAGAAUGUACCGAAUCAGCAGUCAUCCUCUUCAAUCAUCCUUCUUCUACAACGGCCGUAUAAAUCUGAUCUUCAAGCAAUGAGUGGAAUCAGCUACCGACGAAAAUUUUUUGUUCUUUAUCGGUCGCUUUCAAACAUCCGGACAACUAUCAAUAAAAAUCCAGCGCUAUGCCGUCUCAACUUCUGCCAACCUCCGGAAGAUCGACAACCAAUAGUGUCCUCUAUGAAUCAUCUACUGGUCAACAGUCAAUUACGAUAAAUCACGGCUCAAUUACGGGUCGGAACACGGCUAUGCCCUUCUGCGUAAAAUGUCAAAUCACGAGACAGGUGUCCCUUCAUCGAAUCAACAGUGAAAAUACUGUCAUUCUCUUUUAUCGCCGGGAGGCUUGUUUUGUAAUGCACCCGGACGACCCGGGUACGAGGCAAGAUACUUUAGGAGUAUAUAACGAUUUCUUCGUUUUUCUUCCAACGAUAUACCAGUAUGAAUACCCCAUCCACCCCAACGAAAUCAGCUUCAAUGAAGAGCGCACAUCUGAUGUGGAAAUCCACUAUACCCACCAAAUCAGCGACCAUGACACGUACCUCAUCAACAUGAACCGGAUUCGCCAUGGACCAUCACCCGAGCCACCACCCACAUUCUGCUGCAAUCUCCACAACGAGAAAACACUGUUUGGGUUUCAUAACAGGAAUGUGCCGCAAUAUACCACUAGCGGGGGAAUGUAUCAAUAUCAUAUAUACACUGCAUUACACCAACGGAGCCGGGAGUGUCAUACCUGUGAUGAAUCCGGUGACUAAAUACAUUUUUAUAAGGUUCAGCAGUUGUUCAGCUUAUUCCACGCAUAUCGGAAACACCCAAUGAAUGACACGAUGUGGAGUCUACGAUUAGAGCAGAAACUACCUAUAGGGUUGUAUACAUUAGAUUAAUUGUAUCUAUCUACAUAUUGGAAUAAUU